GCCUCUGCUGCUGUCACCCGCUGGCCCCCCGCGGGAAUCAGGAAGAGCCAACAUGUUGGCCCGGCACGGAGCUGCCUUCCUCCUGCUGCACCUGGUCCUGCAGCCGUGGCUGGGGGCCGACGCCCAAGCCACCCCCCAGGUCUUUGACCUUCUACCCUCCUCCAGCCAAAGGCUGAACCCAGGCAUUCUGCAGCCAAUCCUGACAGACCCCACCCUGAAUGAGAUCUACGUAAUCUCCACCUUCAAGCUGCAGACUAAAAGCACAGCCACCAUCUUUGGCCUUUACUCUUCAACUGACAACAGCAAAUAUUUUGAAUUUACUGUGAUGGGACGUUUAAACAAAGCCAUCCUCCGUUACCUAAAGACUGAUGGGAAGAUUCAUUUGGUGGUUUUCAACAACCUGCAGCUGGCUGACGGGAGGCGGCACAGGAUCCUCCUGAGACUGACCAAUUGGCAGCGAGGGGCUGGCUCGGUAGAGCUCUACCUGGACUGCACCCAAGUGGAUUCCAUUCACAAUCUCCCCAGAGCCUUUUCUGGCCUCUCCCAGAGUCCCAAGUCCAUUGAAUUGAGGACUUUCCAGAGGAAGGCACAGGACUUUUUGGAAGAGCUGAAGCUGGUGGUGAGAGGCUCCCUGAUCCAGGUGGCCAGCCUGCAAGACUGCUUCCUGCAGCAAAGUGAGCCACUGGCCACCAUAAGCACAGGGGACUUUAAUCGGCAGUUCUUGGGGCAAAUGACACAACUGAACCACCUAUUGGCAGAGGUGAAGGAUCUUCUGAGACAACAGGUCAAGGAAACAUCAUUUUUGCGAAACACCAUAGCUGAGUGCCAGGCUUGCGGUCCUCUCAGCGUUCAGUCUUCAACCACAAACACCCUGGUGCCCCCUGCACCCCCAGCACCUCCCACAUCCCCAACACCCCCAGUGCGCCGGUGUGACCCGAACUCGUGUUUCCGAGGCGUCCGAUGUACUGACACGAGAGAUGGCUUUCAGUGUGGGCCCUGCCCUGUGGGCUACACAGGAAAUGGAAUCACCUGUUCUGAUAUUGAUGAGUGUAAAUACCAUCCCUGCUACCCGGGCGUGCGCUGUGUGAACUUGGCUCCUGGCUUCAGAUGUGAUGCCUGCCCAGUGGGAUUCACAGGGUCCAUGGUGCAGGGCGUUGGAAUCACUUUUGCCAAUUUAAACAAGCAGGUCUGCACCGAUAUUGAUGAGUGUCAAAAUGGAGCAUGCGUUCUCAAUUCUAUCUGUAUUAACACUUGGGGAUCUUACCGCUGUGGGCCUUGUAAGUCAGGGUACGCUGGUGAUCAGACAAGAGGAUGCAAAGCAGAAAGAAGCUGCAAAAAUCCAGAACUGAACCCUUGCAGUGUGAAUGCACAGUGCAUUGAAGAGAGGCAGGGGGAUGUGACAUGCGUGUGUGGAGUCGGUUGGGCUGGCGAUGGUUAUAUCUGUGGAAAGGAUGUGGACAUUGACAGUUACCCUGAUGAAGAACUGCCAUGCUCUGCCAGGAACUGCAAGAAGGAUAACUGCAAGUACGUGCCAAAUUCUGGUCAAGAAGAUGCAGAUGGGGAUGGCAUUGGAGAUACUUGUGACGAGGAUGCUGAUGGAGACGGGAUCUUGAAUGAGCAGGAUAACUGUGUCCUGACUCACAAUGUGGACCAAAGGAACAGUGAUAAAGAUAUCUUUGGAGAUGCUUGUGAUAACUGCCGGACUGUCCUAAAUAAUGACCAGAAAGACACUGAUGGGGAUGGAAAAGGGGACGCCUGUGAUGACGACAUGGAUGGAGAUGGAAUAAAAAACGUUUUGGACAACUGCCCGAAAGUUCCCAAUCAUGACCAGCAGGACAAGGACAAUGAUGGUGUGGGGGAUGCCUGUGACAGUUGUCCUGAUAUCAGCAACCCUAACCAGUCUGAUGUGGAUAAUGACCUGGUUGGGGACUCCUGUGACACCAAUCAGGACAGCGAUGGAGAUGGGCACCAGGACAGCACAGACAACUGCCCUACAGUCAUUAACAGCGCCCAGCUGGACACUGAUAAGGAUGGUAUUGGUGAUGAGUGUGAUGAUGAUGAUGACAAUGAUGGCAUCCCAGACCUAGUGCCUCCUGGACCAGACAACUGCCGGCUGGUACCCAACCCAGCCCAGGAGGAUAGCAACAGUGACGGAGUGGGAGAUGUCUGUGAGAUGGACUUUGACCAGGACCAAGUCAUUGAUCGGAUCGAUGUCUGCCCAGAGAAUGCAGAGGUCACCUUGACUGACUUCAGGGCCUACCAGACCGUGGUCCUGGAUCCUGAAGGGGAUGCCCAGAUUGAUCCCAACUGGGUGGUUCUGAACCAGGGCAUGGAGAUUGUGCAGACCAUGAACAGCGAUCCUGGCCUGGCAGUAGGGUACACGGCUUUUAAUGGAGUUGACUUUGAAGGGACCUUCCAUGUAAACACCCAGACAGACGAUGACUAUGCAGGCUUUAUCUUUGGUUACCAAGAUAGCUCCAGCUUCUAUGUAGUCAUGUGGAAGCAGACAGAGCAGACCUAUUGGCAAGCCACCCCAUUCCGAGCAGUUGCAGAACCUGGCAUUCAACUCAAGGCUGUUAAAUCUAAGACGGGCCCUGGUGAGCAUCUCCGGAACUCCCUGUGGCACACUGGGGACACCAGCGACCAGGUCAGGCUGCUGUGGAAGGACUUCAGAAACGUAGGCUGGAAGGACAAAGUAUCCUACCGCUGGUUCCUGCAGCACAGGCCCCAGGUGGGCUACAUCAGGGUGCGAUUCUAUGAAGGCUCCGAGUUGGUGGCUGACUCUGGGGUCACCGUAGACACCACCAUGCGUGGAGGCAGGCUUGGCGUUUUCUGCUUCUCUCAAGAAAACAUCAUUUGGUCCAACCUCAAGUAUCGCUGCAAUGACACCAUCCCAGAGGACUUCCAAGAGUUUCAAACCCACAAUUUUGAUCAGUUAGAUAAUUAAACCGAGGAAGCGAUCCGUAACUGCUUUCCAAACACUAAAGCCAUAUAUUUUUUAAUUUUCUAUGAUUUUUUUUUAUAUACACUGUGGUUUUCUUUUACCAGCCCAGGUAUAGCAAAACUUUUUAUACGAAUGUGGCAAUAAAGGAGAAGAGAUGAUUU